CUUCUUCCUGCGAGGCAAAAUGGAGCGCGGCAGGCGAUCCGUAGUCACCUGCGUGAUGUAAUCGAUGCGGGGGGUUAAACGCGCCCGCAUCGAUUGCCGACUGACUCACAACACCGAACAGAAUCACGCACAGCCCCGCAGCCAGGCGCCAACACAAUAGGCACGGAGAACAAUAGCCGCGCGCUGCCCUUUAUCCACAAUAUUCAUUUUAAUGAUCAGCGGGGCCUAGUUCCUGCGGAGGGUUAUCACCGUGUGUGGAUUAAAAACACUGCGCUGCCGUUACAAUGAGCCAUUUUAGGUGUUUUGCGGCCCCCCGGGAGGACGGGAGGAGCACGCUGUAAGGGGGGAGAGAGGGGGGAGAGAGAGAGCGAGAGAGAGAGCGAGAGAGCGAGAGAGCGAGGGGAGUGAAUGGGCACGACUCCGGCAGCAGCACUGCGCCCUUCACUUUAUCGAUAUCGAUCAGUUUGGUAAUCGAGACAUUUUGCAGCCACAGCAGCGGGACCGCGACGCUAGCCCGGGAGCUAGCCGGAGCACCGGGAGCUACAGCGAUGGGACGCGUGUGAAGCAGCCCGGGAGCCGAGCAGCAGCCUGGCGGAGAAAGAAACAAGGAAGCGGACGGCUAGCUGCGCUAAACCGAAGCUAACGUUGGGCUAACUGUUAGCUAAUCUUAUUUCUAAUGAGCCACCAAGGAGUAUGCGACCUGAUACGAAGAGCUGACUUGUUCGGGGAUGUCGGGCAGUAAGGCGCUGGGCGGCGGGGCUGGCGGUGGGGCGCGGCGCAGGCGGACGCGGUGCCGGCGCUGCCAGGCCUGCAUGAGGACCGAGUGUGGGGAGUGCCACUUCUGUAAGGACAUGAAGAAGUUCGGAGGGCCCGGCCGGAUGAAGCAGUCCUGCCUCCUGAGACAGUGCACGGCGCCUGUGCUGCCUCACACGGCAGUGUGCUUUGCGUGCGGCGAAGCAGGGAAGGAGGACACAGUGGACUCUGAGGAGGAGAAGUUCAGCCUCUCUCUGAUGGAGUGCACCAUCUGCAACGAGAUCAUCCACCCCAGCUGUCUGAAGAUGGGGAAAGCUGAAGGAAUCAUCAAUGAUGAGAUCCCGAACUGCUGGGAGUGUCCCAAGUGCCACAAAGAGGGCAAGACCAGUAAGGACCAGGCGGACGGCUCGGGGAAGCGCAGGCUGGAUAACGGCGAGGUGGGCCGCUGGAAGCUGACAGACGACCCUCCCCCUAAGAAGAAGGCCCCGCCCUCCCUGGAGGAGGGGGGGAGGUCGGAGGGGGGGCACAAGAGGAAGAAGGAGAAGGAGCUGCCUCAGGACAGCGGCCCCAAGAAGAAGAUGAAGGGCGCCCACGAGAAACGCCUCAAAAAGAAACCCAAACAGGAGGCGGCGGAGUCCAACGGCCCCACCUCCUCCGGAGGAGCAGGAGGACCACAGGGCUCCUCUUCUACUACUUCUUCUUCUUCUCAGCCUGGGGGGGCGGGGGGUGGGGGAGGAGGAGGAGGUGCAGGGGGGACGUCGAGCGCAGACCAGCGCUCCCAUCACAGGGAGAAACUGGAGCGCUUCAAGAGGAUGUGUCUGCUGGAGCGCCGGCCCGAGUCCUCGUCCUCGUCCUCCUCCAGCUCCGAGUCCGACUCCGAGUCCGACUCUGACGACUCCCUGAGGGGGGAGCAGGCGGGAGGAGGCUCCUCGCCUUCGUCCUCCUCCCCUGCCCCGCCUCCUCCUGUCGUCUACGGCAACAGCAGCGGGGGGCGGGCGGACAGAGAGAGGAGUCGCAGCGAGCGGGAGAGAGAGAGGGAGAGGGAGCGGCGCCUGGCCGAGCUGGGCUUCAGCGCCAGCGAGGACUCGGAGGGCGAGGGGGGGAGGGGGGAGGAGGAGGCACGGGAGGAGGAGCAGGGAGGCGGGGAGAAGGCUCGGCGGCGAGGAGGAGAGGCGGGGCUACCUCAGCGAGGAAGGAAAGGAGGACUGCUGGACGGAGAAGAGGAGGACACGCCCACCUCUGACAGGACCAGGAAAAACUCCGCCUCCCUCCCGCCGCCCUCACCCCUCUCCUCCAAUCAGAUGCCUCCGUCCUCGCAGCACGAGGGCUUCACAGGGAAGCAGCGCAGCAAUGGACAGGAGGCGCGCAACGGGCGGACACGAGGAGGGACGGGAGGGGGGAGGGAGGGAGGGGAGAAGGAGAACGCCAGCGGUGUUCUGACCAAUCACAGACACAGUGGGGGAGGAGGGGGCGGGACCAAAGGCAGCCGCGGCAACAAGAUCCGUAGCAACAGUAAGAACCAGACGUCCAGAAACACCUCCUCCUCUUCCUCCUCCAUCCCCACCUCUAACGGGGGAGGAGGGGGAGGCCCGGGCGGUGGCCUGAUGAUGUCAGCAAUGGCGGCGUCCCCCUGCUCGCAGCCGUCCCGCCUGGCCCCGCGCUCUCAGUUGAUGAAGCGCAGCCCGCCGGCCGUGCCCUCGCCCCCCCGGCCCGUCCAGAUGGAGCGGCACCUGGUGCGCCCUCCCCCCACCUGCCCCGAGCCCAGCUGCCUGCCGCUGGACUCUGGCUCGUCCCACAUCAUGACACGUGACGUGUGGCUCCGAGUGUUCACACACCUGAGCCAGAGAGAGCUGUGCGUCUGCAUGAGAGUGUGCCGCACCUGGAGCCGCUGGUGUUGUGACAAGAGGCUGUGGACGCAGAUCGAUCUGAGCCGGCAGCGCUCCAUCACCCCCCCCAUGCUGAGUGGGAUCAUCCGCCGACAGCCCGUCUCCCUGAACCUGGGUUACACCAACAUCUCCAAGAAACAGCUGAUGUGGCUCAUCAACCGCUUACAAGGUCUGCUGGAGCUGAAUGUAUCUGGGUGUCCGUGGUCGGCGGUCUCCGCUCUGUGUCAGGCCGUCUGUCCCUGUCUGAAGCUGCUGGACCUCAGCAGAGUGGAGGACCUCAAAGACUCGCACCUGAGAGAGCUGCUGGCCCCCCCACCUGACACCAGGACAGCUCACGGUGAGACCAGAGUGGGGCGUUUCCAGAACGUGACGGAGCUGCGGUUGGCCGGUCUGGACCUGUCGGACGCGUCGUCUCGCCUGCUGGUGCGUUACGUUCCUCACCUGACCAGGUUAGACCUGAGUCAGUGCGGGAACAUCACCGACCAGACGGUGCACACCCUCUCCUCCCCCAUCUCCCCCCUGAGAGAGAGCCUCGCCCACAUCAACCUGGCAGGUUGUGUGAAGGUGACGGAGCAGUGUGUCCCGUUGCUGCGGCGCUGCACCUCCCUGCAGACGGUCGACCUGCGCUCCUGCUCCCUCCUCUCCUCCGAGACCGGACAGCUGCUCUCCUUCCCCUCCCACGCCUCUGCCGCCGCCUCCUCCUCUUCCUCCACCUCCGCUACAACCACCACCACCACCACGGCCGCUGCUUCCUCCUCCUCCUCCACGUCCUGUCCUUCUGAAGACAGAACGCUACUAAAGAACAGCUAAACUCCGCCUCCACGUCAUGUGAUACUUGAGUCAAAGGUCCAGACGGCCUACAAGCCCCGCCUCCCACUUCAAUACACUACAGACAGGUGAGGAAGAGGAGGAGAAGGAGGAGGAGGGACCUGUGCAACACUCUCCUGACGUUACAUUGAAUACAGCGACCACAGAAGAAGAAGAGGAGGAACACAUGUUGGGAAAGUUGUGGGUGAUAGUUAAAAAAUAGAAACCCUGAGCAUGUACAUAUUUGUUCUCUGUACAAUUUUGGGUGUGUGUAUAUAUCUGUAGUUUACUGUAAAUGACCCCCCCGCUGCCCGCCAACACUCCUCCCUCCCUCCCUCCCUCCUUCAUUCCUUCCGUCCUUCCACCCUACGACCAAUCAUCAUCACGCCAGGCGUCCACCUGCUCGCCGGUCGCUGCCCAACAGGGAGAAGAUCAGCACUUGGUGUCGUCCAGCUUUAGUUGCUGUGGUUACACGCACAGGAAGUCGGGAGCUCGCAGGCUCGUCUCUGACGUGUGCGUCUCCUGCAGAGUGUCGGUCAGGAGCUAGGCUAACAGUUCUUUGUGCUAAGCUAGGCUAACGCAUCUGUGUCUCUGAACCGGUGUCCGUUGUCCUCUGACGGAGCGCCUUUCAAUGUUCAGUUGUCGCUCUAAAAAAAAAAAUAAAUAAAUAAAAAUCCGUCUUUUCUGCAUGAAGUCUGGUACGAUUCAGAGCGCCUGUGCAGUUUACCCAUAACACCCCUCUCUCUCUCCACAGAAGGAUCGUUCCUGCCUUAAACUGGACAGACUGCGUUAGUAUCACACGUCGUUACUUCCCGUGAGUCGCUUCAGAAACCCAAAGAGAUUCAGUUUCAGAAGCUGAACCGUCCAAACGACUUUAACCACUGAUCAGAUGGCCGCCAGUCGUCUUCUGUGAUCAGGUCUGAGGACACGAGCGGCUGGAACCAGUCUAGGGCUGCAGUUAUUUUCUCGAUUAAUCGAUUAGUUGUUCAUCAAUGUUUUUUUUAGAGCCUAAGAAGACGUCUUUUUCUGUCCCAAAUAUUUUCACUUUGCUGUCUCGGAGGAGCAAAGAAACCAGGAAAUAUUCAGAUUUAACAAGCUGGAAUCAGAGAAACUUUAAAAAGGACUCUUAAUCGAUUAAUCGACUUGUCGCUGCAGCUCUGAACCGGCCAGCCAGCCAAGUUGUUACCACGCCUGCUGCGUCAUCGUUCAUUCAUUCUCACGCUGGUGAGAGAACUUUCUGUUUCAGUGUCGGAUCAUAGUGAAUGUACAGCUGCGUCAGUGUUACCUGGGUGAGCCUGGGGGUGUAAACCAGCCAGCAGCACAGUCGGUGUGAACAGCACUGAUCACCUUAAUGGAGAACUGAUUAUUGAUCGUGACUCUGAGCAGAGCUUGACAGCUGCCUGUGCUGAGCUCUGACAUCCAGCGGGUUGUUAACUUCACCUCUUCGCGUUUAGAUUUCCGCUCCUGGUCAGUAAACGGCUUGGAACCCGGAGCUGCUGGAAGCUGGACCCUCUUGACGGCGCUAGGCUAGCUGUUUCCCCCUGCUUCCAGUCUUUGUGCUAAGCUAAGCUAACCAGGAACGUCAGAAACCGGCGGCUUCAGAUCUGUUUGUUUUCUGGGCGUCGCAGGUGGAGGUCGUUCAGGGGUGUGUGUGUGUGUGUGCGUGUGCGUGUGCGCGUGUGUGCGUGUGCGCGAGAGCCUCAGUGUCUUCAACAUUCGCCUCGAUCAUUCAUGUCCCCCUCUUAUGUUUUGUUGGCUCCACCCCCUCCGCCGCCCGCCCGAUCAGAAGCGAUUGAUCAUGUUUUCUCAGGAGUAUUUUUUUCUUAGUUUCUCUUAAAGUCAGGUGUUUUUAAUUUAUUCUGGUGCCACAGCAGCGCUCCCAUCCAGUGCACACAUUCCUGCAGAAACAGUGUUUCACGCUGCUUUUGUUACUGACUCUGUUUCAUGUUUGUUUUCCAAAAUCUGCAUUGUUAAAAUCACAUCGACGAAUUGGAAACUGUUCGCUGUGGACGAUUGUUUCCGCCAGGAGAAGAAGACGACGACACAGUCGGAAAUAAUAAAGGCAGAAAAGCUGAUGGAUAAUUAUGAGAUGUCAUGUUUUUACAUCUCAGGUCAUAAUCUUAAAAGAAAAUUUUGUCUGUCUUUAAUACAUUCUGAUCUAAUCUGGACUGAGAAUCUUAUUAUUCUGAUUUAUGAAAGGUAAAAUCGACAGACACUCGAGUCAGACACAUUUUCCCAUCAUCUGGAUUUUCCAUCUCAUAAUUAUUAUUUCACAUUAAGAGCAUUUGCUUCUUCUAAUUUUUUUUAAAUCUGUGUUUUCUUGGCUUAAAUGGCCGUCUGUAGUUUUUCUCAGGAGCCUCUCUUAUGAAAAAUCUUGUCGGGAUCAAAGUUUGGUGUCGCAGAAAAAGCAAGAAAUCAAUGCAAAGUUACUGAUUUUUAUGAUUAGAAUCAGCAGAUUUUGGUCGUAAAGACAAACGGAUGUUUUCAUAAAUGACGCCCUGAUGUUUCUGAUGAAGAGCAGAUUCCUGUCUUCACCUCAGCACUGAUGUUUGUUUCAUGUAUGAACUGUGGGGGGGAAAUGUUAUCAUAUUUCAUAUUGUUGUAUUUUCAGAUGCACACGACAAAUCAAACAGCCAAACGUAUACAGUUAUUAUAACGAAAGAAUACUGAAUAUUAGUUUUGUCAGGGUAGAGUUCAGUAGAUUGGUCGCCUUGUGCCGGCUAGCAUGUUGGUUGGCGUGUUCAACGUUAGCUGCACAGGAUCAUGUUAGCGUCACAGUUUUCAUAUAAGCUAGCUGUCACAGGUAUUGUCGCGUUACCUUUGCUGCACUGUUCUCCGAGAAAAACGUAUAACAUAAUCUAUUGAGGCGAGAGCGGGAAAACCCCCGGUAAAACCAGCUAGCUAAUAUUAUCGAGCAAGCUAAUUAAGAUUUACUUCUAACGAGCUAACAUUUUAGCUCAUUAGUAUGCUAGGUAGAAACUCUGGCUUGUUACAUGUCAGCUCUUUUACAUGUUUACAGCGUGCUGGUUUUAUUGUUCAACUCGUUAAUUGAAAUAAUAAAACCUGAUAACAACAAAUAAGUAAAACGAAUUCUGAUUGGGGGAAAACUGCCGACUCAUUGUCUUGCAUCGCUAGCUGACGUUUGCUAGCUAGCUAGCUAGCAGGUGUUAGUCCGCUACAGAACAAGCUGUCGUUACAUCUUUGUAAACUUCAUCUAUUCAGGUUUCGGGCCACAACUUGUGAGGCACGUUUCUCACCGUUAUCAGACACUUGCUGACUAAUUGAUCAUUGAUUACAGCCCUGAUUCUUGUUGAUAAAACGUGUAGCAGUGCAGUAGAGGUGAUGUGUCCUUUAUGCUAGCUGGUGGAGGUGUUGGACCUGCUGUCGUCCAGGAAAUAAAGUGUUAGAUCAGUUUUAAACCGCCAUGAUGUCGUGCUGCCCGCCAGCCAAACGCCUUGUUGUGCCAUAAACACACCAGAUCAAUGUUUCUGAAUGGGUCAGUUUUUAUAUUUUAUUUUUUUGUAUUCUGUUGUGAUUUACUUGUUUGUUUUGUUUGUUUGUUUGUUUUUUACUGUGACUGUAACGCGGGAGCAUCGAUGCCUCGCGCUCUCUGAUGCAUAUCUUUAAACUUCAUCUAGCAACAAGCGAGGAGAUCAAAUCUGAUUGGACGAUAAUCCCUUGACUUCUGAAAGCUCUUAUCCAAUCAGAUGCCCGGACACAUCUCCCCGUCUCUGUCUUAGUAAAACGUGUCUUUAUCGAUGUUUUAAAGAUUCACUGGAUCAUCUUCAUCCUCACCUUUUUGCCAAAUGUGGUUUUUGUUGUGAAAAGGGGCAUUUUUAUCCCGUGUUUUUCUCUGUUUUGCUUUUUGUUCUGUUUUUAUACUUUGUCCAUGACUCUUCCUUUGUGUUGUUGGAGAAAAAAAAAAAUGAGGAAGAUGUUGGAACAAAAAGUAAAAAGACACAAAAAGACCAACUCAAGGCAGCUACGUAUGAGUGACUACUGUAAAAUGACUAACUAAUAAAGAAGCAAUGGGUUUGUUUUUA